AUGGGGGUGAUCCGAGUGGCGUACGUGGCUCUAGAGCACAUGAGCAAACAGAGCGGAGGCCGAGGAGGAGUCAUCAUCAACACUUCCUCUCUGGCAGGUCUCGGCCCUCUGCCCAGCUGCCCCGUCUACACCGCCACCAAACACGCCGUCAUCGGAUUCACCAGAGCCAUGGCGAUGGCGUCUCUGGGACUGGACUAUGGCGUCCGCUUUAACGCCCUCUGCCCGGGCUUCGUGGACACACACCUGUUCUCCAACAUUCCACUGAGACUCGGGAAGUUCUCAGACCUGAAGGACCUGACCCUGAGACUGGUACACAACUUUGGGAUCAUGAAAGUUGGUGACGUGGCCCAGAGUCUGAUGGAGCUGCUCUCAGACCACACCAGGACCGGAGAGGCCCUGGUGGUUCAGCCCAGCGGGAACAAGUAUGCAGAGUUCCCAUCACAGGCAUGA